AUGGCUGAUAACAGCUGUGGUAAAAAAUCUACAGAGUGCCCCCACUGCUCAUCUGCUUCUCAGAAAAAAGCGCUUUGUAUAUGUUCUUGUAAAACAAAGCUUUCUCCAAUGUCAGUGGUCGAAAUGUCACAGACAUCAAGCACAGGUAGUUCAGAAUUUAUAGUUUCACCAGAAAAAAAAAAAGAAAAAGGAGCCAGCAAGGAUGUUGCCUCUGGAAAAGAUUCGCCCUCAAAAUCUUCACAUGUAGAGAGAAAACCGUCUCAGCAACAGCGGGGUCGGGGCAACUUCACAGAAGGAAAAGUUCCUCACAUACGGAUGGACAGUGGAGCCGCCAUUCAGGAAAUCUAUACCUUUGGAAGAAUAUUGGGACAAGGGAGCUUUGGAAUGGUCAUUGAAGCCAUAGACAAGGAAAGAGCAACUAAGUGGGCAAUUAAAAAAGUGAACAAAGAAAAGGCUGGAAGCUCUGCUGUGAAGUUACUUGAACGCGAAGUGGACAUCCUAAAAAGUGUGAAACAUGAACACAUCAUACAUCUGGAACAAGUAUUUGAGACACCUAAGAAAAUGUAUCUUGUGAUGGAGCUUUGUGAGGAUGGAGAACUCAAAGAAAUUCUGGAUAGGAAAGGUCAUUUCUCAGAGAAUGAGACAAGGUGGAUCAUUCAAAGUCUCGCCUCAGCUAUAGCCUAUCUUCACAAUAAGGAUAUAGUACAUAGAGAUCUGAAACUGGAGAACAUAAUGGUUAAAAGCAGCUUUAUUGAUGCUAACAACGAAAUGAACUUAAACAUAAAGGUGACUGAUUUUGGCUUAGCAGUGAAGAAGCAUGGAAGGAGUGAGGCCAUGCUGCAAACCACAUGUGGGACGCCCAUCUAUAUGGCCCCUGAAGUUAUCAAUGCCCACGACUAUAGCCAGCAGUGUGACAUUUGGAGCAUAGGUGUCAUAAUGUACAUUUUAUUAUGUGGAAAAGCACCCUUUAUGGCAAGUUCAGAAGAGAAGCUUUUUGAACUAAUAAAAAAGGGAGAACUACAUUUUAAAAAUUCAAUCUGGAAUUCCAUAAGUGAUUGUGCUAAAAGUGUUUUGAAACAACUUAUGAAAGUAGACCCUGCUCACAGACUCACAGCUAAGGAACUGCUAGAUAACCAGUGGUUAACAGGCAAUACACUUUCUUCAGCGAGACCAACCAAUGUGUUAGAAAUGAUGAAGGAAUGGAAAAAUAACCCAGAAAGUGAUGAGGAAAGCACAACAGACCAAAGAGACAGCGGGUCUGGACAAGAGGAUAUGAAAGUGUACCAACCCAGCAGAAAUGUCCCUGAUGUCAGUAACUCUUCAGAUGAAGAGGAAGGAAAACAGACCACUGCUUAUGAAAAGACUCCUGUGCCCAGCAAGAAGGAAAAUAUAGACGACUUUGACACGAGUUUUACAAGUUCUGUAGGUAGCAGACUCCCUCCAGUUGAGCUCAAGGGAGAAGCAGGGAAAGCACCUGUGACUUCAAGCCAAGGAGCAGCAUCCAAAGGCACUGCUAAAGCCGUUGCCCUGCCUAGACCCAGGAAGAAGCCCUAA